CCCUAAACCUCGGCAUUGACUUCAAUCCUCCUUCCUUGUGCCGAAGUACAUCGAUCCAGGUGGACCAUAUUGAUUGUGUGGACUUUUCUGCGAGACACGAGAACAAGUUGAACACCAAGAUGGCAGAACACGGACAUUGCCUCUGCAAGAACAUCGAGAUCUCAGUAUCUGGCCAGCCUCUCCGCGCCUUUCUAUGCUAUUGCCCGGACUGCCAACGAAGCGCAGGAGGACCAUGCCAGGCCGUCGCCGCAUUCAAAGCCGAGGACGUCACAUUCCUUGAUCGAAGGCGACCUGGUCAUGCGGACAAGUUCGUCCCUUUCACGAAUUUAGAGCUUAAUGACAGUCCGAGCUUGACGACAUAUGUCAUUCCUGGGAGCGAGACGGCAAGCGGACAAGCCAAGCCAAAGGUCUUUUGUAAUGGUUGUGGGUGCACCAUCGCGACAGUCCCGGCGAAAUGGGGCGGGAAGGUCGUUGUUAUCAGACCGAAUCUUUUCGAUCAGGGAUUGAGUGCGGCGCCGCCAAAAGAGGAGUGGUUCGUCAAGGACCGGCCCAGCUUUGUCUUUGGGUGUAUGGGGACGAAGGUGUACGAUGAGAUACCCGAUGGCGCUGGCUAAGGUGCUCAAAUGUUCCACUACCACGAUGGACAUGCACUGGGUGGUACAAACAUCUGGACAUUGGUACUC